AUAUAUAAACAAAUAUAUACUUGUUUAUUAAUAAAAAAAGUAACAGUAAAAACAACAAUAAUGAAAUUCAUUGAUGAGUUUAUUGUUUAAUUAAUUAAUUGAUUAUAAUUACGAUUAUAAUGACAAGUGUAUUAUCUUGGAUACGCAAAUUAUCUAUUGGCACUAAAAUAAAAGAUGGUUUAUUGCCUGAUGGAGAAAUGGGUACUGCUCAAGAUCUUGCUAACAAAAAAAACCCAAGUGAGGUUACUGAGAAAGAUAUCACUGAAUUAAAAGAUACUAUUUAUGAUCUAUUGAGAACAAUAAAAGAUCCUGAAAAACCACAAACACUUGAACAAUUGGACGUUGUCUAUGAAGAUGGAGUUAUUAUUUGCCCAUCAACUCCAAAUGGUACAUUUGUUAUACGGGUUGAGUUUAAUCCAACUGUACCACAUUGUUCGCUGGCAACAUUAAUCGGACUGUGUAUUAGAAUUAAAUUAGAACGUUCAUUAAUCGAGUCAUUUAAAUUAGAUAUUUAUAUUAAGGAAGGCGCUCAUUCUACUGAAGAAGAAAUAAAUAAACAAAUAAAUGAUAAGGAACGAAUUGCUGCUGCUAUGGAGAAUCCAAAUUUACGUGAAUUAGUAGAAAAAUGUAUAAAAGAAGAUGAAUAAUUUAUUUUUUUUACUGUAUAUAAAAAUUUUUUAAGGUAAAAUACGACGUUUCUUCUUUAUCUUCUUCUUCUUUUUUUGCCCCUUAGUUUUGGUCUUUUUCUUAUUAAUUGUAAGAAUAAACCGCCACCAGCGUUGAAUUUUUUUGGCAGCGUGAUUUUUUCUGAAUGACUCCAAUCGAUCGAUGUCAC